GGGCAAUAUUAUAUAAUCUUGGAUAGGGCCGGCACUCUCGCUUAGCCAAACUUUUCUGUGGGAUUUUGAUUUCAACUCUUAUUCCGCCGACCAGCAGCGUCAAUCCCAUCGACUCCCUCCACCAGACCGUGUGGUGUGAUAUAUUUGUCUGUCUUCGACCACUGCAAGAUAGACCUGAGUCGCAGCUAUGGCUGUUGGAAAGUAUGCCAAAUCUCACAUCGACGUGACAAUGCGGGACAACGACCUUGGUUGCUAAUGUCUUCCAGGAACAAGCGCUUGUCCAAGGGCAAGAAGGGUAUCAAGAAGAGGACCGUUGAUCCUUUCUCCAGGAAGGAUGAGUACUCUGUGAAGGCACCCUCCACUUUCCAGAUCAGAGAUGUGGGAAAGACUCUGGUGAACCGCACCAGUGGUCUCAAAAAUGCAAACGACUCGCUCAAGGGCCGGAUUUUCGAGGUUUCCCUUGCCGACUUGCAGAACGACGAAGACCACGCUUUCCGUAAGGUUAAGCUUCGUGUGGAUGAGAUCCAAGGAAAGAACUGUUUGACCAACUUCCACGGCCUCGACUUCACUACUGAUAAACUGCGAUCCCUGGUCCGCAAGUGGCAGUCGCUCAUCGAAGCCAACGUCACCGUGAAGACGACCGACGACUACCUCCUUCGUCUGUUUGCCAUCGCUUUCACCAAGAGGCGUCCCAACCAGAUCAAGAAGACCACAUACGCCCGCUCCUCUCAGAUCCGUGCCAUUCGCAAGAAGAUGACCGAGAUCAUGCAGCGGGAGGCCGCCAGCUGCACUCUUUCUCAACUCACCACGAAGCUUAUCCCUGAGGUUAUUGGCCGCGAGAUUGAGAAGGCGACGCAAGGAAUCUAUCCUCUUCAGAAUGUCCACAUCCGCAAGGUUAAGCUUCUCAAGGCCCCUAAGUUUGAUCUGGGCGCUUUGCUGAACCUACAUGGCGAAUCUACCACCGACGACAAGGGUCACAAGGUUGAGAGGGAGUUCAAGGAGCAGGUUCUUGAGAGCGUCUAGAUCUUCCAUUGAUCACCGUGGGAAGUAAAGGCAAAAUCCUCUCUAGAAUCAAAACUGUCGCUGCCUCUUGAUCGAAGAUAGAAGAAGG